AUGGCCAAGAAGCCGAAGCUCUUCUCCGCCCUGCUCUCCUUCCUCCUCCACGGGACUAGGCCUCCGAUCUCCAGCCGGGUCACUGCCACCGCCAUGACUGAAUCGUCACCGCAUCCUUCCUCGCUGCACCACCUCGGCAGAUCCUCACAUCCUCCCAUGGCAGAGAAGAUCGCCGCCGGGCGAACCCUCGUCCUCGACGUGGACGCCGCGCUCCUCGUCCCGUCGUCGUCAUCCCUCUUCCCCUACUUUAUGCUCGUGGCUCUCGAGGCUGGGGGAUACGUACGAGGCCUCGUACUCCUCCUCCUCUACCCAAUCAUCUUAAGCAUGGGCCGCGCCAGCGAUGUGGCAGUGAGGGUGAUGGCCAUGGUGGCCUUCUGCGGGCUGCGCGCGAGCCGGUUCCGUGCCGGCCGCGCCGUGCUACCCAAGUGGUUCAUGGAGGACGUGGCGGCUGAAGGGUUCGAGGCCAUGAGGAUGAGCGGCGCCGCUGGCGGGCGGAGAGUGUGCGUGACGAGGCGGUUGCCGAGAGUGAUGGUGGAGGGGCUCCUGAGGGAUUACCUCGGCGCCGAGGCUGUAGUCGGAAAGGAGAUGAAGGUGCUGUGGGGGUUCUACACUGGACUAAUGGAGGAAGAAGGCGAGGUGGUGUUGGAAGAGGAGAAGAAGAUCAUGGCGGAGGGUGAUGAUGCUCUGGGAUUCUGCGGGUCGUUAGAGUUUCUCUUGCAUCCUAUUCCACGUUCUUGCAAGGAUAUCUACCUCGCGACAAGAGACGACAGGGCCACGUGGCAGGCGCUGCCGAGGAGCAAGUACCCCAAGGCCGUGGUGUUCCAUGACGGCCGUCUCGCGUUCCGGCCAACCGCUGGCAGCACGCUCGCCAUGUUCAUGUGGCUGCCCUUCGGCGUUGCACUUGCCUCCACCCGCCUCACCGUCGCGCUCACCGUGCCAUAUCGAUAUUCCACGCCGAUCCUGGCGGCCACCGGCAUGUCAUGGCGGCUCAAGGCCGGCGAUGGGCCACCGCUGCAGACCGCUGGCGUCGAGCGAGGUUGCCGGCGCGGGCAGCUGUUUGUGUGCAACCACCGCACCCUCCUCGACCCGGUGUACGUGUCAGUGGCGCUGGACCGACCGGUGCGCGCCGUGUCGUAUAGCCUCAGCCGGCUCUCGGAGCUCAUCUCACCAAUCGGCCGCACCGUGCGGCUGACACGAGACCGCGACGCCGACGGACGUGCCAUGGCCCGACUCCUGGAGAUGGGGGACCUCGUCGUCGUCUGCCCCGAGGGCACCACCUGCCGCGAGCCGUACCUGCUCCGGUUCAGUCCACUUUUCGCGGAGCUCAGCGACGACGUGGUCCCCGUGGGUGUCGCCGUCGAGACGGCCAUGUUCUACCCCACCACGGCGGGGGGGCUCAAGUGCCUCGACCCGUUCUUCUACAUGGUCAACCCGAGGAUGUGCUACACGGUGCAGUUCCUGGAGCGGGUGCGCACGGCGGUGGUCAGGGAGGGGAAGGUGCCGAGCGCCGACAUGGCCAAUCUCGUGCAGAAGAAGAUUGGAGAUGCGCUCGGAUACAGCUGCACUAUGCUCACCAGGAAGGACAAGUACCUCAUGCUGGCCGGCAACGACGGCGUCGUCCGCAAAGUAGACGGCAAGUGCUCGUCUCCUCCAGCGGGGAGGACGAACAACUGA